AUGGAAGAAGAAAAUUGGUCUAAGUGUUUCGAAAUAAUGAAAAAUUUGCUUGAAGCACCAUGCACAGGUCCAUUCAGGCUUAUUAAAGAAGAAACCAUUCCGCAUUAUACAGAGUUAAUUAAAAACCCACAAGAUUUAUACAGAAUUUAUCAUCGCCUUGAAAAGCGUGAAUACCAAUCUACAAAAAGAUGGAAAGAGGAGGUUAAUUUAGUCUGGGAUAAUGCUAUUAAAUUUAACGGAGAGAAUGAUUAUGGCAAACUUGCCCAUUACGCAAAGCUUUAUUUUAAGAAAUUAUACGAUGAGAAAUUCGCUCGUAUCGAGAAGAUAGCAGAAAGAGCUGCCGAAUUAGAAAGGAAAAUUGAUUCUUUAUUAUCAGAUCCACCAAGGAAUUUCCCUGCUCUUAGAACAUUAUUUUCUCUCAAGCCUAAAUCAGAAACAAGACAAAAUGAUCUUAUUAAUGAAAUCUUCCAUAAUAUUAUUCGUUUUACAGAUGCUGAUUCACAGAGAAAGAUGUUUACUCUGCUGAGAAUGUACAAUCCGGAAUUGGGAGACAAUCCUAUUGUUUCAGAGAAAAAUCCUGAUCUUCGUGUUACAGUAAGCUUAGAUUCGCUUCCAAUCAAAACACUGGAAGCACUGAAAGAGUUUAUUUCAAAUAAUAUGUCACAGUAA